GGGGGCAACUGGGUUCUGCGGAGGCUCUGGGCAGGGGCGUCGCAAACCGGCUGCAGCGCGGGGCCCGGCACGGCACCGCACGGCACGGCACCGCACGGCACCCUGCGGGGUCUGUGCGCCCCGGAGCGCCCCGCUUCGCUGCCGGCGCCGGGAGGGGAGCGGCCGCAGGAGGAAGGUGCGGGGGCCCGGGAGGGGAGGCGCCGGGGCGGGCUGUGAUGUCAGCGGGGCUGGGCUCGGGCGGGCGGCGCCCCAGGCUCGCCCCGCGCUGCCGAGCUCCGGACAAGCCGCGGCCCAGAGGCCCCAGAACGUCAUGUCGGAGAGCAAGGAUUGGGCCACCCUGAGCCCCGAGGAGUUCGCCCACCUGCAGAAGUACAUUGACUACAGCAGCAAGAAGGUCCAGGACGUUCUCCAGGAGUUCUACGGAGAUGGCACCUUGGUGCAGCACCUGCAGGGAGACUCCAUCGACUUCGAAGGUUUCAAGCUGUUCAUGAGGAGCUACCUGGAGGCCGAGGAGAUCUCGGACGCGCUCUGCCAACACCUCUUCCUGUCCUUCCAGACCUCGCCUGGGAGGGCCCCGGGGGAGCAGCCGGGCCUCGGGGAGCAGCCAGCCAGCGGCCUGGUCUGUGUCAACGACGUCUCCUGCUACUUCUCGCUGCUGGAGGGAGGGCGCCCCGAGGACAAGCUGGAGUUCACCUUUAAGCUCUAUGAUAAGGAUGGGAACGGCCUGCUGGACAGCUCGGAGGUGGAUCGGAUCAUCACCCAGAUGAUGCGAGUGGCCGAGUACCUGGACUGGGACGUCACGGAGCUCAAACCUAUCCUGCAGGAGAUGAUGAGGGAGAUCGACUACGAUGACAGCGGGACGGUGUCGCUGGCCGAGUGGCUGCGUGGGGGGGUCACCACCAUCCCCCUCCUGGUGCUGCUGGGCCUGGAAGUGAACAUGAAGGACGACGGGCAGCACAUGUGGUGUCUGAAGCACUUUAACCGGCCCGUCUACUGCACCGUCUGCGAGACCCUGCUGCUCGGCCUGCGCAAGCAGGGCCUGGCCUGCACCUUCUGCAAGUUCACGGCCCACGAGCGCUGUGCCCGCCGGGCGCCCCUCAGCUGCAUCAGCACCUACGCCAAGUCCCGCAAGGACACCAGCGCGCAGAGCCACGUGUGGGUGAAGGGCGGCUGCGAGGCCAGCAAGUGCGACAAGUGUCAGAAGAAGAUCAAGAGUUUCCAGAGCCUGACGGGGCUGCAUUGCGUCUGGUGCCACCUCAAGAUCCACGAGGAGUGCCAGCCCAGCGUGCCCCCGACCUGCGACUGUGGGGCCCUGCGGGACCACAUCCUGCCCCCUUCGGCCAUCUACCCCGUCGUGCUGGAGAGGCAGAACAGCCAGAAGAGCGACGGCGGGACCCCGGUGGAGGAGACGCCCCAGCCCUGCACCACGCCCGAGGGCCAGGCGCUGCGGAUCAUCCCCAUCCCCGACACCCACCCCCUGCUGGUCUUCGUCAACCCCAAGAGCGGCGGGAAACAGGGGGAGAGGGUGCUCCGGAAGCUCCAGUAUCUCCUCAACCCGCGGCAGGUUUACAACCUGAUGAAGGGAGGCCCGGCCCCCGGGCUGAACUUUUUCCGGGACGUGCCGGAUUUCCGGAUCCUGGUGUGCGGCGGGGACGGCACCGUGGGGUGGAUCCUGGACGCCAUCGAUAAAGCCAACCUGCCCGGGCGCCCCGCGGUGGCCGUGCUCCCGCUGGGCACCGGCAACGACCUGGCACGAUGCCUGCGCUGGGGAGGAGGCUACGACGGGGAGAACCUGCGAAAGAUCCUGAAGGACAUCGAGAGCAGCAGCAUCCUGCCCAUGGACCGGUGGCUGGUGCAGGUGACCCCCGAGAACCCCGCGGAGAAGGGGGACCCCGUCCCCUACGAGAUCAUCAACAACUACUUCUCCAUCGGCGUGGACGCCUCCAUCGCUCACCGCUUCCACCUCAUGAGGGAGAAGUACCCUGAGAAAUUCAACAGCAGGAUGAAGAACAAACUCUGGUAUUUAGAAUUCGCCACGUCCGAGACCAUCUUCGCCACCUGCAAAAAGCUCAAGGAAUAUCUGACCAUUGAGUGCUGCGGGCAACCCCUGGACCUGAGUGGAGCCCUCUCGGGGGUCGCCGUCCUCAACAUUCCCAGCAUGCACGGCGGCUCCAACCUCUGGGGCGAGACCAAGAAGCCGCUGGGCGAGGCCCGGAACAGGGCCACGGGGAGCCAGCCCGAGGCCGUCACCGACCCGGAGAUGCUCAAGACCUGCGUGCAAGACCUGAGCGACAAGCGGCUGGAAGUGGUGGGGCUGGAAGGCGUGAUCGAGAUGGGGCAGAUCUACACCGGGCUGAAGAGCGCAGGCAAGCGGCUGGCCAAGUGCUCGGAGAUCACGCUGCGGACCCUGAAGUGCCUGCCCAUGCAGAUCGACGGGGAGCCCUGGAUGCAGCCGCCCUGCACGAUCAGGAUCACGCACAAGAACCAGGCGCGCAUGCUCUUGGGCCCGCCCCCCCGCUCCUCCAGCUUCUUCGGCAUCAAGAAGGGACCCCAUGAGUCAUAGGGGGCAUAGCUGGGGGCCAAGGAUCCCCCCCCGGCCCGGCCACCUUGGCUCUGAGCGGGGAACAGCCCAACUCCAGGGGCGCUGGUGGGUUUGGUUCCUGCCCCGCCCCCCCCCGGUGCAGCCUGGAUGUCCUGUAUAGACCAUCGCGUCAUUUUGGGGGUGGGUGUCACGCCUGUGGCCCCGCCCCUGCCCUGCCCAGGCCCCUCUGCUUGCUGUCCGCAGUAGCAAGCGGGGGGCGGGCGGGAGGCCUUGGUCUAAUCCCCCACCCCCCGCUGCUGAGAGUGCUGGCCCCCACUGCCCACCCCCUCUUGGGUGUUUCUGCCCCAUGGUGCGGAGGAAGGGGGCAUCUGUAUCUGCCCCUCCUGUGCAUCUCUGGCCCUGGCGGGUGGGGUGGGAAGCAGCGUGCUGGGCCCCUGCGUACCCUACAUUCCAGCCCCCCUAUUUAUUGCCCCCACAGUCCAAACUCCCACCCCCCCUUGAGAUUUCAAGUGCCUCGUCUUACUAAUAAAGGUUGGAGGUUUUUGUUCUCC